CUAUCCUCAAUAUCUAUCUAAUCUAUUCCUUUCAAAUUUCCGACUAUAGACUCGAAAUUGGACUAAGAAACUCAACCAGUAGAGAGAGAGAAGGAGAGAGAACCAUGUCAAUGGCGACAAUGAACAGCGACCAAGAAGAAUACGAUCGUCUCAAGGAAGUUAAAAAUUUCGACGACUCCAAAAUCGGCGUCAAAGGCCUCCUCGACUCCGGCCUCAUCUCCUCCAUCCCCCGCUUCUUCCACCACCCACCGGAAUCUCGCCCCACCACCACCGCCGCCUCCGCCGCCGUCCUCGUCCCUAUCAUCGACCUCUCCGGCCCCCGCUCCGCCGUCGUCGACGAAGUCCGCAGCGCCGCCUCCACCUUCGGCUUCUUCCAAAUCACCAACCACGGCAUCCCCUCCGCCGUCCUCCGCCGCACCGUCGCCGCCGUGAAAUCCUUCAACGAGCAGCCGACGGAGUCAAAGAUGGCUCACUACCACCGCGAGACGGGCCGCGGAGUCAACUUCUCCACCAACGUCGAUCUCUUCCGCUCCAAAGCCGCCAGCUGGCGCGACACCAUCCAGAUGCGGCUCGCGCCGACCCCUCCGAACCCCGAAGACGUCCCCGAGGCCGUCCGAUCGGAGGUGUACGAGUGGGACCGGGAGAUCGGACGGCUCGGAGACGAUCUGUUGGGAUUGCUAUCGGAGGGUUUGGGAAUUGAGAGGGAGAGAUUGAAGGAAUUGUCGUGCUCGGAGUCGAGGACAAUGGCGGCUCACUACUAUCCGUACUGUCCGGAGCCGGAUAUGACGUAUGGGCUGACGUCACAUACGGAUCCGGGGGUGGUGACGGUGGUGUUGCAAAACCAGGUUGGUGGUUUGCAGGUGAAGCACGGCGGAGAUUGGGUUAAUAUUGAACCUGUGCCUGGUGGUCUCAUUGUUAACGUUGGAGAUAUUCUUCAGAUCAUGUCCAAUGAUGAAUACAGAAGUGUGGAGCAUAGAGUUUUGGCGAACCCCCAUGAGGAGCCGCGUGUUUCGAUUGCAGUUUUCUUCAACUCAAGCAAUAGAGAGAGAUUGUAUGGACCAUUGCCGGAGCUAGUGUCGCCAGAGAAACCAGCUCUUUAUCAACAAUUUACACUGUCAGAUUACAUGCAAAGGUUCUUCAGUAAAGAGCUGCAGGGCAAGACCUUGACAAAUUACUAUAGGCUUUGAAACACAAGAGAGCCUUAUAUGUAAGCAAUAAUGUUUGUCAAUGUUAUUUGUGAAAUUAUGAAUGUAAUAACUGGCUAAAUAAUUUACUCUCUACCAAAAUUUAUAUUCUUGUCGAACAAAUUUUUAUUGAAAAUUAAGCUAUACGACGAGAAAGCUUUAUUUUAUUAUUGUU